AUGCAAACUGGCAAGAAAGAAUCUGUCGAACAUUCUAUUGCGGCUAAUAAAGAAGUUGGCAACAGUAUCAAUUCUGGCAAUGUUUGUCAUACAGGAAAUUAUUACCAACCAAUGCUAUCACCCCAGUCUGCAUUUGGACAGCAAUUUUCCAUCAAAAACGUUGCGGUACCAGAGAGUACUGGAUAUGGUUCACGUGGGAGUAAUUUUGGUUCUGAAAUGUAUUUUACACCAGAGGCUAUGCAAAAUUCAUGUUUGUUCACCUCAAUGCCAUCAACUGCCAUGGCAUCGAGUGAUUACUCAAAUAAUUUUGCUAAAUCUGACUCUGAUGGAUAUUUUAGCCCUGCUUGUGCUCCAAAUCCCUUCACCUCUUCACACUAUCCACACUUUCCAUUUCCCGUACAAGCAAUGACUUCAGGUACCGCAAAUGCUGCUAGCACAUAUCUUCAGAAUCCCAUCCAGUGCCAGUGGAUUGAACGUGAUAGAAUAUGUGGACGAUUAUUUUAUUCAAUUGAACAUAUCGUAUCACAUUUGCAACAUGAGCAUGUGGGAGUGUCUGAUAGUGCCUUUCAUAUUUGCCAAUGGAAAGAUUGCUCAAGAAAAGGCAAAGUUUUCAAAGCAAAAUACAAACUUGUGAAUCAUAUUCGAGUACAUACGGGUGAGAGACCUUUUCCAUGUACAAUGUGCUCAAAAGUUUUUGCAAGAAGCGAAAACUUGAAAAUUCAUCAGCGAACCCAUACAGGUGAUAAGCCAUUCACAUGCACUCAUCCUGGCUGUGAUCGCAAAUUCGCUAAUAGCAGUGAUCGUAAGAAGCAUAUGCAUGUGCAUACUAAUGAUAAGCCAUACGAGUGUAAAAUUAAUGGAUGCAAAAAAUCUUACACACAUCCGUCUUCACUGCGAAAGCAUUUGAAGUUUAAAAUUUUUUGCAUUUUUCUUAAAUUUAUACGCCUAACUCGGCAAUUCAAUUUGUAUAAAGCAUGA